CUCUGACGCCUCAGAUUUUGCCCGCUUCAAUCCCCUUGCUCAGGUGCUUUCACUCCCUCUUCAGAAGGCAGGCACCCUACCUCCAGUUACUCCAUCCUUGCCUUCCCUUGCUUUUCCUCCAUCUAGCCAGACUGGUUUGAAUCAGCCACACCCCCUUCCAGCUUCUGGGGAUCUUCAGAUGGUGGCUGGCCACCCAACCCCACCCCUGGGCUUGGCUUGGAGCCCUGAGUCAGCUCCAUCUCCACCCAAGCCAAACCAAACCUGAAGCAGAGGCCGAAACUCAAACAGUUCCUCAAGGCCUAUCGCCAGGUGAUGGAGGACGAGGAGAAUGCAGCAGAGAGCCUGGUGUGCAACACGGAAGCUGCUUGUUCUCCAUCCCCCAUUCGCUGCUGCUGGCUCCGCCUCCGCUGCUUAGCAGCUACUAGCAUUAUAUGUGGCUGCUCUUGCCUGGGAAUAGUGGCCCUUGUGUUUGCCAUCAAGGCGGAAGAGCGGCAUAAGGCAGGCCGGUUGGAGGAGGCAGUGCACUGGGGGGCCCGGGCCCGGAGGUUCAUCCUGGCCAGCUUUGCCGUCUGGCUCACUGUCCUCGUUCUGGGCCCCCUGCUUCUAUGGCUGGUCUCCUACGCCAUCGCACAGGCUGAGUGACCCUGGGUGGCCUUUGCUGAGAGUCAGCCGAGACAUCCUGGAUCCUCCAAUGCAGUAUUGUGAGGGUCUGGUGCCAACAGUGGUUACCUCCUGGCUGGAAGGAUGGUGCCUCUCUCAAAGGGCUUUGGAAGAGCUCUUUAGCCUUUUCUAAAAGGCAGCAGCCGAGACUGAUGAGGGGAGGUCAGGCUGCUCUAUUCUUUCAGUGCCCACCAUCCCCUAUUCCCCCUAAUUACUCCAUCCUAGGGGCCUCUAGGAGGGGAGGUUGAAGACCAGGCCUGAUUUUAUUAGUAUUUGUUUUGUAAUAAAAAUCUUUUUAGUGGUGAAA